AUGCCCCGCAAGAAGCAGAAGGGCCCUUCUCCCCGGGCUAAUCGUCCUGGUGGCCCUAAACAGGGUCAAGCUCAGGGCCAGGGUGCUGGACAAGGAAAAGGGAAAGGCGCGCCCACCUCUGCUCAGCAGAAAGGUGGAAAACAGAAUUCUGUUCAAGGCACUGGGACUGGAAGUGGAAGUGGAAGUGGACCGCAGAAGCUGCAGGCCUUGCAGCAGAAUCAAAGGCCCAUCGUGCCGUUUUUAAGGGGAGAUCGGAUUUUGUUGGUUGGAGAGGGUGAUUUCUCAUUCGCCCGAUCCCUGGCAAAGCAAUACAAAUGCCGCAAACUCUGCGCGACAUGCUACGAUUCCAAAGAAACACUCUACACCAAAUACCCACAAGCGGAUUCGCAUAUCCAAGAAAUCCUCUCAUCAUCCAAAUCCACGUCCACCACUGAACCAGAGGACAAAGAGAAGCAAGGAGGAGAAGGGGGAGACUCAGCGCAUCAACGCUCCUCCAAAUCCGGACCAAAGGUUCUCUUCUCCAUAGAUGCCCGCAAACUAGGCACCCAAGGCGGCGGAGGCAAAGAGAUAAAAACAGGUUUCUCACGCCGCGAGCGCAAAACCCCCGCCUGGAAACUCCACCAACAGCAACAUCAGCAGCAACAAAAGGAAGAGCAGCAGGAAGCCGCACGACAGGAUGCUCAGAAUGGCGGUCAAGCAUAUGCCGCCAGGAUGAAGAUGCAACCGACUACUCCGACGCCGGUAGCUAACAGCGGACCUUGGGAUGUGAUUUGCUUCAAUUUCCCGCAUGUGGGUGGUCUGUCGACAGAUGUUAAUCGGCAAGUUAGAGCGAAUCAGGAACUUCUUGUUUCGUUCUUUAAGGCUUGUGUUCCUCUUCUUUCGACGGCGCCGGAACCGGCUGGUUCGGAUGAUGAGUGGGAAUCUGGCGAUGAGGAGGAUGAUGAGGAGGAGUUUUCUGAUGACGAUGAUGACGAUGCUGGCGAGGGUGAAGGUGCAGGUGCAGGUGCAGGUGAAGAUGUCCAGACUACCGGCAAAGCAACCCGGACAGGACCGGGUCAAAUUCUCGUUUCGCUUUUUGAAGCGGAGCCGUAUACGCUUUGGAAUAUUAAGGAUCUGGCGCGGCAUGCGGGAUUGCAGGUUGUUACUAGUUUCCGGUUUCCUUGGUCUUCGUAUGAGGGGUACUCGCAUGCGCGGACUUUGGGGGAGGUUGAGGGGAAGGAUGGUCAGCGGGGUGGAUGGCGUGGGGAGGAUCGGAAUGCGAGGAUGUAUGUUUUCGAAGUGAGGAAGGAGGUUCCCAAGGGCGUGAAGAAGAAGGAGACUAAGGGCGGAAAGACGAAGAGGGCGAGAGAUGACUCGAGUGAUAGCGAGUAA